AUGCGCCCUCACGCGAGUAUAUGGAUGGGCGCGGCGGCGUUCGUCUUCUUUACUCUAGUAUGCCUUGGCACGCUCGCGGACAGCUACCCGACAAAACCCGACAACCCAGGAGAGGACGCACCCGCUGAGGAACUCGCUAAGUAUUACUCCGCACUAAGGCACUACAUCAACCUGAUCACACGGCAGAGGUAUGGAAAGAGGUCCAGCACCGACACAAUAAUCUCAGAUCUGUUGCUAGAGGACACAGAGCCCAGCCUGCGGUCCAGAUACGACCAGCCCUCGAUGUGGUGA